AUGCAAGCAUACUCUAUCACAACGAUCAAUAUAAAUAAAAUUCGAACCUCAUUAAAGCUAGCUGCUCUCAAGGAAUUUUUGUAUGACUCUGGAACCGAUAUCGCUUUGCUACAGGAGGUUGUAACGACGGAAUUUGUAAUACCAGGAUACAACGCAAUUGUUAACGUAUCUUGUGACACACAUACAGGAACAGCGGUUCUGCUCAGGGAAGGGAUUCCCGUAUCUCAAGUGGAGCGGUUGGAAUCUGGAAGGGCAAUUAGUAUUAACGUUUUAGGUACCACAUUGAUUAACUUAUACGCGCCCUCAGGAAAUACAGCUUCCUCCACUGUUUCCUAUCUGCCUCCUGCAGUAGCUUCUUCACAACAGGUGUCACCCUCCCCUGAUGCAGGUUUUCCUCCGCUACCCACUCGCCCAGACGUAUCGGCUGCUCCUAUACCGAUUCCGUCUGUUUCCAACAACAAACGCCGUCGUGCUAGUGAUACCGGUAGCACUGAUGACGAAGCUGCUGUUUCGCAGCCGGUUUGCGAAUCUGAUGAGAGAAUUCCAGAAUCUCCCAUGCCUGUUUCGGAAUCUGUUCCCGCUGUCUCUCCUGCUUUGCCUGAUGACGUCAAACUUGCUGCCAUGCCGUCGGCGCAAGAGCCACAACAUUCGGUCGAGGUGUUGUUGACAUCCCCACCGCCACAGGCAUCACAACAUGUUGACGACACUUCGAUGGAGACGGCUGUUUGUCGGAAAACCGCUCCUAGAACUGCGCGCUCCGCAUCAGCAGACUCCAAACCUAUCUUACCACCUCCUACACUUCCAAUACCUACACAUUCUGAAACCGGUGCCGAUGUUCCUGAUGCAGUUUUCCCCUUGAUGGCUCCUCCUUCGGACUCCUCUCGCCCUGCUAAUCCUUCGGACGCUUUGGUUGACGUGCCUGAUCUCGAACCCCCCACUCCGCCUGCUCUUGAAUCUGGUGUGCAUCAGAUACGUCGUCGGGUGAAAGUGCCCCCCAAUCUCCACGCGGUGCGGAAGAAACAUAAGCAUGCGAAGGACGACUCUGAUUCCGUUGAUUCUGGACAAUCACCCUCUGCCAUGUCUGAUGUUGAUGAUAUGGAUGUAGUUGCUUCUAGUGUGGUGUAA